UUGCAAUUGGCCAACAUGAGCGAUGGUAUGGCCGAGCUCGGCUUCAACGACGUCCCGCGCGGCCACGUCCUCUUGGUCAACGACGUCGUCGAGGCCAAUGGCUGCUUCCUCCUCCACCAUCUGACGUCCAUGGCUGUGCGAGCAGAGCAACGGGUAUGCAUGCUCGCCCUCAGCAACAGCGUCGAGCAGUUUACCAGCGUGGGCCGCAAGAUGGGCGUCAACGUGCAAGCAGCAAUUGCACGCCAGCGCUGGCUGCACAUCGAUGGCUUCUCGCGCCCGUACGACUGGUGCGUUACGGCGCCGACCGACGGGACGUUCAGCAUGGCCAGCGCAGACACGCCCAGCGACUUGCAGGCGCUCUACCUGCGUGUCCAGUCGUAUGUGGCCACCGAGGCUUGCGUCAUUGUGAUCGACGACCUCACCACGCUGGCGGCGUUCUACGGUGUACCGGCGGCACUCACGUUUGUCCGCUACUGCCGCCACCUUGCUCUCACAACCGAGUCGACCUUGCUCAUGCUCAUGCACGGAGACGUCGACUACGAAGACCAUGUCACGUCUUUUAUUCCCGCCGUGACAGACUUGGCGUCGACGGUCCUCACGGUGCGCGGCCUCGAGAGCGGCUACUGCAAAGACAUCCAUGGCUCGGUGACCGUCACGCCCCGGCAGCAGCCCGCAUGUCGGCCCGUCAUCUCGAUGGUGGCCAAGACGCUGCAGUUCAAACUCGUCGAGUCGGGCAUGCGCUCGAUCCGCGCCGGCCUCGAUGUUUAACCGAUGUUUAACUCCAAUUAACAAAAAUAGUGAAAAAAGGCGCAGA